UCCCUACCACACCAUUCCCUCCGCGGGUGGAGAAAGCAUUCUUCCUAAAGCAGCAGGGAUUUCCACACUGCUUCAACCGGAUAUUCCCGUCCGAAGCAGGAGAACUCCCGCCGCUCUUACCGCCCAACCGGGACACACAUUUCCUUUUAAUUUUGGAUAAUAUAAAUCGAAAAAUAAAUAGCAUAGCUCACGUUCUUACAUAGGUCUACCAAGCUGAUAUGGUAGAUUACCACGCUGCCAAUAACCAACAAUACACGGCCGAAGGAACACCAAUCUACAUGGAGCAAGAGAAUGACUGGGAUCGGGACCUGCUGCUGGACCCCGCCUGGGAGAAGCAGCAGAGAAAGACCUUCACCGCAUGGUGCAACUCGCACCUGCGCAAGGCCGGCACGCAGAUAGACAGCAUCGAGGAGGACUUCCGAGACGGCCUCAAACUCAUGCUGCUGCUGGAGGUCAUAUCGGGUGAGCGGUUACCCAAGCCAGAGCGAGGAAAGAUGAGGGUCCACAAGAUCAACAACGUCAACAAAGCCUUGGACUUCAUCGCCAGCAAAGGAGUCAAGCUGGUGUCCAUCGGAGCUGAGGAAAUCGUGGACGGGAACGCCAAGAUGACCCUGGGAAUGAUCUGGACCAUCAUCCUGCGUUUCGCCAUCCAGGACAUCUCUGUAGACGAGACCUCUGCGAAGGAGGGUCUUCUGUUGUGGUGCCAGAGGAAGACGGCUCCCUACAAGAACGUCAAUGUCCAGAACUUCCACAUCAGCUGGAAGGAUGGUCUUGCCUUCAACGCUCUGAUCCACAGACACAGACCUGAGCUCAUCGACUAUGAUAAGCUUAGGAAGGAUGACCCUUUGACCAAUUUGAACAACGCCUUCGAAGUGGCCGAGAAGUACCUUGACAUUCCCAAGAUGAUGGACGCAGAAGACAUUGUCAACACGGCUCGUCCCGAUGAGAAAGCCAUAAUGACCUAUGUGUCCAGUUUCUACCAUGCAUUCUCUGGAGCCCAGAAGGCUGAGACGGCUGCCAAUCGUAUCUGCAAAGUGCUGGCCGUCAACCAGGAGAACGAGCACCUGAUGGAGGACUACGAGAAGCUGGCCAGUGAUCUCCUGGAAUGGAUCCGUCGGACCAUCCCCUGGCUGGAGAACCGGGCCCCAGAGAAGACCAUGGCCGAGAUGCAGCAGAAGCUGGAGGACUUCAGAGACUACCGCCGGGUCCACAAGCCCCCCAAGGUCCAGGAGAAGUGCCAGCUGGAGAUCAACUUCAACACCCUGCAGACCAAGCUGAGGCUGAGCAACAGACCCGCCUUCAUGCCCUCAGAGGGGCGCAUGGUGUCCGACAUCAACGGGUCGUGGCACGCGCUGGAGGGCGCGGAGAAAGGCUACGAGGAGUGGCUGCUCAACGAGAUCCGCCGUCUGGAGAGACUCGACCACCUGGCGGAGAAGUUCCGCCAGAAGGCCACCAUCCACGAGGCCUGGACCGAUGGUAAGGAGGCCAUGCUGACCCAGAAGGACUACGCCACCGCCACUCUGUCGGAGGUCAAGGCGUUGCUACGGAAACACGAGGCCUUCGAGAGCGACCUGGCCGCACACCAGGACCGCGUGGAGCAGAUCGCCGCCAUUGCACAGGAACUCAAUGAGCUGGACUACUACGACUCCCCCAGUGUGAACGCUCGCUGUCAGAACAUCUGUGAACAGUGGGACAGCCUGGGCUCCCUGACCCAGAACCGCAGAGAGUCACUGGAGAGGACAGAGAAGCAGCUGGAGUCCAUAGACGAGCUGUACCUGGAGUACGCCAAGAGGGCGGCGCCGUUCAACAACUGGAUGGAGGGCGCCAUGGAGGACCUGCAGGACAUGUUCAUCGUCCACAACAUCGAGGAGAUCCAGGGCCUGAUCACAGCCCACGAGCAGUUCAAGUCCACCCUGCCGGACGCCAACAAGGAGCGGGAGGCCAUCCAGGCCAUCCAGGCGGAGGUGCAGAAGAUCGCCCAGCACAACGGCAUCAACCUGUCAGGGACCAACCCCUACACCUCCAUCACCCCGGAGAGCAUCGACAGCAAGUGGGAGAAGGUGCAGCGGCUGGUGCCCCAGAGGGACCAGGCCCUGCAGGAGGAGCUGGCCAAGCAGCAGUCCAACGACCACCUGCGACGCCAGUUCGCCACCCAGGCCAACAUGGUGGGGCCCUGGAUCCAGACCAAGAUGGAGGAGAUCGGCCGGAUAUCCAUCGAGAUGAACGGCACGCUGGAGGACCAGCUGACUCACCUCCGGGAGUACGAGCAGAGCAUCAUCGAGUACAAGCCCCACAUCGACCGGCUGGAGGGAGACCACCAGCUCAUCCAGGAGGCGCUCAUCUUCGACAACAAGUACACCGCCUACACCAUGGAGCACCUGCGUGUGGGCUGGGAGCAGCUGCUCACCACCAUCGCCAGGACCAUCAACGAGAUCGACAACCAGAUCCUGACCCGCGACGCCAAGGGCAUCAGCCAGGAGCAGCUCCACGAGUACCGCACCUCCUUCAACCACUUCGACAAGGACCACAGUGGAGCUCUGAUGGCCGAGGAGUUCAAGGCCUGUUUGAUCACUGGCUACGAUGUGGAGAACAACAAGCAGGGCGACGCCGAGUUUGCACGCAUCAUGGGCAUCGUUGACCCCAACAGCAGCGGCGCGGUCACCUUCCAGGCCUUCAUUGACUUCAUGUCCCGCGAGACCACCGACACGGACACCGCCGACCAGGUCAUCGCCUCCUUCAAGAUCCUGGCUGGAGACAAGAACUUCAUCACGGCGGAGGAGCUGAGGCGGGAGCUGCCCGCCGACCAGGCGGAGUACUGCAUCGCCCGCAUGGCGCCGUACGGGGGCCCCGACGGCGUCCCGGGGCCCUGGACUACAUGUCCUUCUCCACUGCCCUGUACGGAGAGAGCGACCUGUAGGGACUCACAGAGGAGGAGGAGGAGGAGGAGGAGGAGGAGGAGGAGGAGGGAUCGCUGGACCGACGACAGAGGGAGGGAGAGGGAUGAAGGGAGAGAUGGUGAAGAGGGAGGUGGAGGUGAAGCAGAGAAUCAAGGCAGGUAGAGCAGAUGAGAAUUUAAAAGAGGUUGACUAUAUAUAUGUAGAAGUAGGUGGGGCUUCCUCCCCCACCCCGUCCCCCGCAAUCCAGUUGACUUGGUGUGUUCGCAGGUGCCCCUGAGGUGUGCCGGUUUAGAAAUAUUCUUUGCGUUUCUUUUCAAAUUGAAACUCUUUGACCUUGUCGAAUUGAACUCUUGUUAGAAUCGUUUUUGUCUAGCUAGCUUUUUCUCGGAACGGAUCAACAAUAAUCGCUGUCCAUUUGUCGUGUAAAAGCUAUCAUUCAAAACAGGCAUAUCCAGGGGAAACUAGGGAACAGGGGGGGGGGGUUGACUGUAGUGCAGGUCCUUAGCUUCACCCUCUCUGCCUUUUAUACGGGGGAGUGGGAUGGGUUGAGGAGUAAGGGGCACAAGCUAAUCUACUACUUAAUUAAUUUUUUUUUAUCAUGCAUUUUUCUUGCCAGAUGGGCAUUUUUUUUGAGGGGUUGGGGCGGGUGGAUGGGUCAGACUUCACGGUUUGUGCGUGGGGGGGGCCCCAGAUGGAGGAGACGUGAGAGGGGGGGGCGGGCGGGCUGCACGUACGUUGAUAAACCAGAGGAAUAAACAAAUGACACAUUUACCCAUAAUUCCCUUUUUCGUUGACGGAUCACGGCGAAACUAUCUCGCCGUUUUCCCAUUUUCUUCUGUUUCCGUUGAAUUUGGUUGACUUUUGUGUUGAUGUGCGGGUGGGCUGAGGGGGUCCCAGGCGGGGAGGGAGGGGUUUCGGAGGGUCGGGGGGGGGGUUACCUCAGCGCUGUAUAUACUUAUUUUUCCAGUGCUACGGAUGACACACAUAAAGACCCAGCUAUCGAGAAUAAGCAAUCACAAGCUUUCCAGUAGGACUAAAUAGUGGCAUUUAUUAUAAAAUAUAUAUAUCGUGAAUCAAAGAAAAAAAAAAGCCAACCAUUGAAAAAAAAAAGUGCAGUUCCUCCAGUAGAUGGGUUUGUUUUCAAUUAUGACCAGUUCAGAGUUUUGACGCCGGUAUCAGAGACUAUUGUAGUGAGGAUUGCUGUUCAGAGGGUGUAGCGUUGUUCUCAGUCUAAAGGCCUUCUAGACGAACCCAGACAUACCCAUGUCAUUUUGGGGGCAACGUUGUUAACGACUUCUGUACGUUUUCGUGAGUGGACGACAAUACGCCUGUAUGAUUUACACGCUAUUUCAUCCUUCAUUAGCUACGUUUUAGGGUGUGUUUUUUCAAGUUUUGUACAGCACAACUUUGGAGUCCAGGAGAGGCAUCGGAUUGGCUUAGAGAAGGUUUCUAGCCUUCCCUGGAAUAAGAGGGGAGGGGGAGUUGCCACGGUAACGGCACUCCCUUAGAACUCCCCGUGUGAUUGUUGGCAAAUUUGAGGAAAGAAAUUAAACAAAUGUGCCUGUCGGUGGCUCUCAUCCUGUUCCCCCACCUUUCUCUUGCUCUCUCUCUCUCUCUCUCUCUCUCUCUCGCUCUCGCUCUCCUAGAGAAGGGGGAUGGGGAUGAUGCUGGAGGGGUCUUAAAACAUUCCAUUAUGUAUCUUUAAAAUAAAUGGAUUCAAACAACUAACUUGGCUGUCUACAAAUCUAUGCAAUCAUCCUCUGUGUCAGCAUCUCCAAGAGUUCCUAAAGUAGCGGCGGGAAAAUUCUUCAACUGAAUUAUUAUUAUUUUUUUCACUUUUCCAUUUCUAUUUCUAUAUUUCGGUCUAAAUCAAACCGAUAUUAGGCCUAUGAUUUCAGUAUUUGUUGACUUCGAGGGGAUGGGGGAGGGGGGAGUUAACGGCGAAGAGGGAGGAAGGGUGGCAGAAUGAAAAGACUUGGACCAAACGCUAGGAAUGUGUUUGGUUUCUGCGAGGCUGGAGUCUGGUUGUGAUUUUCCUUUUUUUGUACUCUUUAAUAUCAAACCUUAUCUGCUGUACUGGGAACUGCAACGCCUUCUGUCUAAUGAUAUGCGAUUUUCACAAGCACACAUAAAGUUUCCUUACAAAAUA